UUCAUUCGGAAACGAGACGGGGCAGGGAGUGGACUUGCAAGAUGGCGGCGCGGUGGGGAGCAGGCGAGGAGACUUUAACUGCGUGCAAUAUGGAGUUUUUCCCCAUGGAUACACUAGACGAGACUGAUGGGCUGAGCUCUGCAGAAACUCUGGAGGCCCUUCAAAGCUGCUUAGACCCCUCUAUUCUUUCGAUCUUUGAGGACGCGCCAAUAACAGAGACUAAAGGUUUAGACGAGGAGAGUGAAGCCACGCUGUUGACUGCCCUGACGGAGAUCCUCGACAAUGUGGACGAUGAGACCCUGUCCCCGUUUGACACCCUGCCCGACUCAGACCUGCUGUCAGGUCAGAAGGGCAGGGAACACUCUCCGCUCAGGAGACUGCUGUGUCUGUCCCGUUCCCCUCCAGAAAAAGACACACUGUGUAGCACGAGAGCCUCAUCGACUGGAAAGAGCCUCCCCAGGAUGCUGGCAGACUCUCUCCAGAGAAGCGAUGGGGAGGAAGAGGAAGAUGGCUCCCUCACUCUGAGCCCAGUGAGUCAUGACUCAUCUCCUGACAGUGACCUACACUGGGAAGGUCUGACCCUCCCGAUUCCCAUCACCUUUGAGGAAAAGGUGGAAGACGGUGUCUCGGUCAGCCUGGGGGACUUGGUCAGGCACAUGCACCCAUACUGUAUGGCCAUCUGUAUGGAGAAUGACGAGGGGGAACAGAUGUUGCCCGAAGGAGGCAUCUUACUUGAAGUUGUGGACCAGGGUGAAAAUGGAGAACCCAUCCUGGCCAUCCCAGACAUGGAUCUCUCAGUCUCUCUGCCACUAGAAGAGCAGUCUUUAGAGAAUGAGCAGAGAGUUUCAGACGAAGCAGAGGAUGCGGUGUCUGAUUGCUCAGAGCAUAUAGUCGUUGACGAUGAAGAUGAGACGGUCAUCGAGGCUCCAGUGAAGGUUGCAGCCCCUGUGACACCAGACCUGAGUUCAGGUGUGAAAGAUGAGAUGAUCAUUGAUGGACAGAAGGAGGAGAUAAAAGAGAAAAGCCCCUCAAGGAGGAAAAAGAAAAAGAAAAGCAAGGAACAGUGCCAACCUGAACCUGUGGAGGGGAGGGUCCUCAGAAGUGGCACAAUGCGAAAGAUGGUGGAGGAGUCUCCCAAGAAGCCUGAGAGGUCGGUCAAAGAGGAGAAGAAACACAAAGUCCCAAAGGUUCCUGUUGCCUCAACUUCAGCUUCUUCCUCUGUGAAACCUAAGAAACUAAACCCAUGCCAAACUGAAACACAAACAGAAAUCACCACUACAGCACUGUUGCCUGAAGUCAAUGUGCAAGCUGCCACAUCUGUGUCACCCAAACAGGAAACAGCGCCCUUAAAUGUUAGCCCAGAGGAGAAUCAGCCGAGCUGUUCUCCUACAACUGUGAGCUCCCGACAGCCUGAUGAAAUGCCCAGACAGCCAGAGAAGCUGGAAGACUCAUCAGCAGCUCCCUCUGCUGUUUUGCCCCCGGUGUCUUCAGAGAGCCCUGCAGCUGCUCCUAGUCCCGCAGCACCCCAGAUGACACCACCUGUUGAUGAAGCCCCCCCUGCUGCAGCCCCCGCAGAGCCGAAGACCAAAUCACUCAGUCUAGCAGAGUACCGGCGGCUCAGACAGCAGAAGAAGCCCACUCCGGUGGAAAAACAAGACGACAACAGCACCAAGUGGCCCAGCCUCCCAGAGCUUCCCAAAGAGCUGCCCCCCAUUCCCUGCCUGCCUGACCCCCGCCCCAAGGAUCCUCGACGCCCUAACCCCCAGGCAGCGGAGGAGGUCAGACCUGCCUGGCAGCCAAGGGGGCCGUGUGCACCACCCACCCCUGAGGCGCUUUUGGUCCCACCGGCUUACAUGGUUGCCUCAUCCAACAAGGUUUCAGCUGCUAGUAAUGUUCCUAAACCCCAGCAAACACCCGAAGCCUCCAAACCUUCUCUACCCGAAAAGCCCUCAGCUCCACCUGCAGUACCUUGUGUACCUCAGAGCUCUGGGUCUCCUGCCUCUUUAAAACCUGCCCCUCAGUGCGUGUCGCCAGCAGAUGGGAAAUCCUCUCCUGCACUUUCAGGAGUAGAGGGUGCAGUCGAUGAAAGGCCCCAAUCUCAGCCUGUAUCUCCUAAGUCUGGGGAGCUCACUAAAGCCUGUCCUAAAACCACUACAGAGGCGAUCAAACCCACCGCUGCUACUGUGUCUGCUCCCAGUGCUCCCCAGAAGACCACUGCUGUUUACCAGAAGGUGCCUGUGGUUGCUGCUCCUGUGUCCCUAAAUAACCCGAUCAUAUCUGAUAGCAAGUCCACCAAACCCUCACCUAGUGGUACCCAGCUUUGUUCUUCUGCGGCUAUCCAUCCCUCAGACUCCCAGAGUCUAAAGGCCAAACCUAUUGUACUUGAAACUAAAGAGAAGUCCACUACAGCAGUGAAGAGCCCCACGCAGGAGCUGAUCGAGGCCUUCACCAGUGAGAUAGGUAUUGAAGCUGCUGAUCUGACCAGCUUGUUGGAGCAGUUUGAGGAAACCCAAGCCAAAGAGAAGCACUGUGUGCCGGAGGUCUCUGGUAGAGCAGCAGCUGUAGGAAACUCUAGUGUUGAGUUGGCUCCAGAGAAAACAGUUGUGGAACGUGUGAGAGCCAAUGACCUCUCAAGCACUGCAGCUCUGACUCCUCCAGCCACUCCUCCCCACCAGAUGUGGAAACCCCUGGCCCCUGUGGCCCUGCUGGGGAAGAGCAAGGCUGCCGAGUCCUCAAAGUCAAGCCCCUCCAAGGUUAUCCAGAUAGAGGCCCGGCCUCUGCCCUCAGUCAGGGGCCGCAGCAAACCCACUCCUGCUGCUCCCGACGUCGCCCCCGAGGUGGCAUGCAUGGACCAUGACUAUUGCCUCCCCAACAAAGGCACUUCCAAUGACGAGCAAGGCAAGCGCUGGAAUGUCAAACAACCAUCUUUUAUCACUAUUAAACCCAUCAAGCAACCUGCUACAACCACUACGCAGACACCCCCGUCUGCCCAGUCUACCACAAAUGCAGUUACAAUCAAAGCAGAGGAGUUCCCUCUGGAUCACAGGACUGAUGGCACAGAGAGAAGCUCUGUUCUGGAGACUCCCGAUGCUUCACCUGCUCGACAGGAGACUGAUGCCACUGAUAAAGAAGGAAGCCCCAGGAGAGGGCACUUUGAGAGGUCCUACCGUCGACAUGCUGCUUACCGCUCACCCAGCCCCAGAUCUAGUCCCAAAGAGAGGUCUGGAGGCCGGUCUAGAAAAAGGAGAUCCCAUCAUUCUCCCAGCCCUAUGUCGAGUGGUUCAGAGUCAGACUCCCAUUCCUCUAGAUCUCGGUCUAGAUCACGCUCUCCAUCUAAGAAAAGGUAUCGUCACCGUCACUCUGAGAGUAGUUCCAGCUCCUCAUCCCGUUCCUCCUCACGUUCCUCUCCCUCGGUGUCCCGCUCCCCUCCCAGGAGGAGGAGGUAUUCGUAUUCCUCCUCUCGUUCUGGCUCUUGGAGUUGCUCCAGGUCGCGGUCUAGAUCCCCCCAGAGAAGAGAACAGUGGAGUAGAAGCAGAUUGUGCAGUCCCUUAAGUGUGUCCCGCUAUGGUCACGGUGCUAAGAUGAAUACAGAAGAGGUGAAGAGACGCAAAGAGAAAGCCAUCGAGGAACGCCGGGUUGUUUACGUUGGUCGAAUCCGAGGAACGAUGACCCAGAAAGAACUUAAAGAGCGCUUCUGUAUAUUUGGCGAGAUUGAGGACUGCACCCUGCACUUUAGAGACCAUGGGGACAACUAUGGCUUUGUGACUUAUUACGACACCAAGCAUGCUUUCACGGCCAUCGAGAAUGGAGGCAAGCUGCGCAAGCCAGAUGAGCUGCCAUUUGAUCUGUGUUUUGGUGGAAGGAGACAAUUCUGCAAGACCAACUAUGCUGACCUUGAUUCGAGUAGAGAGUACGAUCCAUUGCCUGGGAAAGGCAAGUUUCAUGCACUAGACUUUGACACUUUAUUGAAGCAGGCCAAGCAGAAUCAGAAGAGGUAACAGGAGGCCCGCAGCAGGAAGCAGCCGACACUUACCUCAGAGCCAACGGUUGGCUCCUCACCUGCAACACUGUCUUUACAUUUUAGUUGUUGCAUUAGUUUCGUUUGUUUUAUUUUGUUUCUGCAAGCUAACACCUUCUAUUGAAGUGAAGAUUUGUAAUGAAAGUAGGAAAAGAAAAAAAAUGGAAUAAGUAAAAUAAUUUUUUAAAAAGUUUUAUUUAAAUGUAUAAUCAGAUUUGAAUUGUAUGGAGAGAAUCAUUUUUAAAAGGGGGAAGGUACGGAAAGGUGGAAUGGAGCUCCCUGAUGUCUGGGAGAGGUUGUAAUACAUUGAAAUGUAGUACAAGCCUAAAUUAAAAGAAAUAUGAACCUGAAA